GAUGGGAAGUUCGGAUCAAUUUACUGAUUCGGGUCAGUCGUUCACGUUCACUGCCGCGACCCGUUCAAAAAGACCCGUUCAAUUGAACGGUUAAUUUUCUAUAGCUUUCCUAUAAACAAGCAAAAAAAAAAAAAAAGAGGCCCACCACAGUUGAUGUGUAAAGACAGUAAAAACAGGGGUUGACCCCAGUUGAUGAACGGGUCAAAUGAACGGGUUUUUUGAAUAAAUGUGAUCCGGAUCACUCGUUCACCUAAAUGACCCGUUCAAUUCGAACGGGUCAUGACCGAACGACACAUCUCUACUAUUCAUAGGAAAAAGUAUUAAAUUUCCUGGUAUUUGAGUAUUUGUCCAUUUAGAUAAAUUUUGAAUGCUAUUGCUCUUUUAGUAUUUAAAAUUAAAAAUGAAUUAAUGAUAUCAUUUCAACUGCAAUGAAUUUAGAAGAAGAACAGUAUGGAAACCACAGUGGAUCCUGUCCAGUCCAGAUGCAGCCAGACUACUUGGAUGGUCAAGGUCAAGAUAACUCAAGGUCAAUGCUUAAUUCACAACAUCAAGGACCUGACAUGGACAACUGUGAUUGGCCAAUCCAUGAACAAGAUCAACAUCAAGACACCAUUGAAGAUAAGUAUCACAUCCAACUCAAUGUUGAUAAUCAAAGUGUAUACUUGGACCACAAUUACUCCAAACAUCCCAUUGAAAUAAUUCAGAUCAAACCAGAGGAACUAAUUGAAGAAGACGAAGAAGAAGAAGACCAACAACUUGGAGUAGAAGUUGAAGUGAGAAGUGGAGAAAUAAAGCAAGAAAGUGACACCUGUCUGCAGAUUGAAAGCAUCUUUUCUCUCUCCUCAGAUAGACUGCAUUCUGACCCCUCUGUUCUUGAAAAUAUAAAAGUUGAAACUGAAGAAGUUAAGGAGGAACACAUAUCUUUCAAAACAGACCAUUCAGAUACGUUGAUGCAAAUAGAAGAUAUUUAUUCUGAUUUAGUAUCUGAGAAUUAUGAAAGUGGAAUUGUAUCAUCUGGACUGUGUAUACCAUACUUUGAAGAACAAGAGGGUUCAAGCUCCCAUAGAUCUGUUAACGUAGCUCCUGAAAACACUAUGAUGAAAGAUUCUGAAGAAAUUUGCAAUGAGGUCGACUUACUGAUCGAAAAUGCAAGGAAGAAUGUGAUUGAUGCAGCAAGUGAUAGUGAGUUAACAAAGUGUCAGUUAUGUGGUGCAGCAUUCAACAACACUAGAGAAUUGAAUCUUCAUUGUAGAGCACACACAGCUGGAAAACAUGCUUGCAAAUUCUGUAACUUCAAAACAAAAUGGAAAACAAGUCUUAUCACUCAUCUAAGGACACACAUAGGAGAAACACCAUUCAGCUGUGAUUUGUGUGACUACAAAGCAAAACAAAAAUCAAAUCUCAUCUGUCAUCUAAGGAGACACACAGGAGAAAGACCCUUCAGCUGUGAUUUUUGUGAUCACAAAACAACACGGAAAUCAGAUCUCAUCAUUCAUCUAAGGACACACACCGGACAAAGACCCUUCAGCUGUGAUUUGUGUGACUACAAAGCAAAACAAAAAUCACAUCUCAUCUCUCAUCUAAGGACACACAAAGUUGAAAGACCCUUCAGCUGUGAUUUGUGUGACUACAAAACAACACGGAAAUCAGAACUCAUCAUUCAUCUAAGGACACACAAAGGUGAAAGACCCUUCAGCUGUGAUUUUUGUAACUACAAAACAACACGGAAAUCAGAUCUCAUCAUUCAUCUAAGGACACACACCGGACAAAGACCCUUCAGCUGUGAUUUGUGUGACUACAAAGCAAAACAAAAAUCACAUCUCAUCUCUCAUCUAAGGACACACACAGGAGAAAGACCCUUCAGCUGUGAUUUGUGUGACUACAAAGCAACACAGAAAUCAGAUCUCAGCACUCAUCUAAGGACACACAAAUGUGAAAGACCCUUCAGCUGUGAUUUGUGUGACUACAAAGCAAAACAAAAAUCACAUCUCAUCUCUCAUCUAAGGACACACACAGGAGAAAGACCCUUCAGCUGUGAUCUCUGUGAUUACAAAGCAACACAGAAAUCAACUUUUAGUAGACAUCUGAAGACACACACUGGAUUUGACCCUUGAGCUGUGUUUUUUGUGUCCACAAAGCUACAUGGAAAUAAAAUCUCAUCACACACGGGAGAUUGAUCCUGAUCACAGUUCAAUAGCAUUGCUCCAUUCUCUCUACAUGUGACUGUCGUUGGCUAUCUCUCUUCAUUUGCCUGUCGUUGGCUACCGCUCUUUAUGUGCCUGUCGUUGGCUAUCUCUCUUCAUUUGCCUGUCGUUGGCUACCGCUCUUUAUGUGCCUGUCGUUUGCUACCUCUCUUCAUGUGCCUGUCAUCGGCUACCUCUCUUUAUGUGCCUGUCAUUGGCUACCAUUGUGGUUAGCCUUACUCUAUCCACAGCUGCACAAAAAAGUCUGUGGUAUUUGCGGAAAACCAGACUCAUUUUUCAGACAUGAAAAUGCUUAUAUACUAUUCAGCAGCUCUGAUUCUUGUAAUAAUUUCGAUAUCAGUACUAGAUCCAUCCAUUGUAACCUUUCAUUUCUUUUUAGUAAAGUUACUAUUUGUAACUCCACUGUGGUUGAAAGGAUUACUCUUCAGAAUUCAGCUUUUGGAGACUAUUGCUCAUGAGUUUCAAACUCUUGACCAAUAAUCUACUGCUCAACUCUGGCAACUAAAUUUGUAAAUUGUCAAUUGAGUUCUAAAUUGUUGAAUCAAACGGGUAAUAGAUAAAAUCAAUUGCAAACAAAUACAUUUUUAAUUUAUUGAGAAUCAAUUUGCAAGUUCUUAAUCCUACAACUCUUAAGUAAGAAAUUCUGAAUUUAUAUUACGAAAUAUGAAUUAUUAAUUUGAAUAAUGAUGUUCUAUGCACAAAUUCUGAGUAAUUUCUACAAUUCAAUAAAAUUCUACAAUGUGCUUCUCUACUCACGUAACUCUAUUUUUAGGCUUCUUUCUGUUUUUGAUAUUUUAGAUAGAAAUUCAUGAAUUUACUUUUUCAACACUAUUCAACAUUAAUUUACUAUUCUUUAAGACACAAUUCACCUAUUAAAACUUGUUUCAAACAAUAUAAAUUCAUAAUUUUAACAAACAAGAUAAUACAUAAUGUUUCAGAAAGAAGCCAUAUCAAAAGAAGAAAGAGCCAGUCCAAAAGUUCCUAGAUCAUACAACAUAGAACAAGAUACUACAGCACUCGAUCAAGUAAUCAAGUGUUUAUAAUUAUUACAAAUUCAAUGUAUUGAAACUUGUUAUUAUUAAUAAAGUAUCAUUUAAAUUGUUUA